AUGCAGCUCACCAACUUGGCUCUGACCCUAGCCGCGGCAUUCUCUAUUGCCAACGCAUACCCCAUCACCAGCGACCAACUCAACUGCCGCUCCGGCCCCUCAACAAGCGACUCAGUCGUCAAAACAUACAAAAGCGGCGCCGACGUGAAGGUCUCCUGCCAGACCUACGGCGAAUCCAUCAACGGCAACACCAUCUGGGACAAGACAUCCGACAACUGCUACGUCGCCGACUACUACGUGAAGACCGGCUCUGACAGCAUGGUCACCGAGUCCUGCGACGGCGGCAGCUCCGGCGACGGCAGCUCCUCCUACCAGGGCAAGAUCAGCCGCAAGGAGAUCCUCUCCCGCGGCCAGUACUGGGUCUCCCGCCACGUCCCAUACUCCAUGAGCGACUACUACCCGGACCCCCAGGGUCGCAAGUACCGCACCGACUGCUCCGGCUUCGUUAGCAUGGCUCUGCACGCCGCUUCGCCGGGUGCUAGCACCGUCAGUCUCCCCGACAUUGCUAAGUCUAUCUCUUGGGACGAUAUCAAGCCUGGUGACUUUGUUGGAACUCUUGGCGCUGGUACUGGCGGUGCUGCUGGUCACGUCACCCUGUUCAAGUCGUGGGCCGAUAGUUCUAAGAAGGAGUACAAUACGCUUGAGUGCCGUGGCACUUACGGCUGUGUCGCGUACAAGCGUCCUGUUGGCUGGAAGGUUGGCAGUUACACGGCCAAGCCUUACCGCUACAUCCAUGUUACUGACUAA